AUGAACGAAUAAUUAUUAUUAUAAAAUAAAGAAAAGUACUUCACAAAAGAAGAAUUAAACCAUAAAAACUAUCCGGAAUAAUAAAAUAUUUAUUAUUGUUUAAAAAGUAGCAUAUCAGAUCCCCAAAAGCACCCAAAUCGUAUAAUACAAACAAAUAUUCCAGACUUAGAUGUAAUAGAUAAUCAAAUACAUACAGCUAAAUAUAAUUUAUUAAAUUUUUUACCUUUAUAUUUAUUCGAAUAAUUUUCUAAAUUAUCAAAUGUCUAUUUCCUAAUAAUAGGUUUAACUCAAACAAUACAUGAUAUAAGCAAUUCCGAUGGAAAACCCGUAAUUUUAAUACCAUUAACUAUAAUAUUAACAGUUACAGCUAUAAAAGAUGUAUACGAAGAUUUAAACAGGCAUAUAUAUGAUGAAUAAGAAAAUAAUAAAGAAAUUGAAAUUGGUCAGAACAAUAUUUUCAUAAAAGGAAAAUGGCGCGACUUACGAAUCGGAAACAUAAUAAAAGUGAAAAAAAACGAACCUUUACCAUCUGAUUUAAUCCUUCUUUAUUCUUCUGAUAAAAAAGGCAAAUGUUACAUUGAAACAAAGAACUUAGACGGUGAAACCAAUCUAAAAAUAAAAACAGUUCCAAAAUAAAUAAAAUAAAUAUUUAAAACCCCUGAAAAUAUUUUCGAGAAUUUCUCCUUUGCCAAAUAUGAAAGACCUAAUCAUUUUUUACACUAAUUUCAAGGCAGUUUUGCCCUCAAUUGUACUGAAAAAGGCUUAAUAGAAGUCCCUUUAGACCCGAAUGCGUUUAUUUUAAGGGGUUGUACAUUAUAAUAGACUGACUUUAUAAUUGGUUUAGUUGCCUAUACGGGAAAUCAUACAAAAAUAAUGCUAAAUUCGGUCAAAGCAAGGCCUAAAAUGAGUUCUAUUUAGAAAUAGAUGAAUGAAGAAAUUAUAUUGGUUUUUUUAGUAUAGAUAAUUAUUUGUAUUUUGUGCAGUUUAUUAUGUUUAGUUUGGGAACUUUCACAUUCUUUGAAUUUUUUUCAGCAAAAAAAUUAUUUUAAACCAUUUUUGGUUAAUUAUGGAAUGUGGAUGCUACUUUUUUCAAAUUUCGUGCCUAUUUCUUUGCUAGUAACUUUGGAUAUGGUCAAGUUUUUUUAAGCCUAGGGGGUUAUUAAGGAUAAAGAAAUGGCUUCAGAAGACGGAUUAAUUAAACCUCAGGUAUAAAGUAGCUCACUUAAUGAAGAAUUAGGGUAAAUAGGCUAUAUUUUUACAGAUAAAACAGGAACAUUGACAUGUAAUUAAUUGAUAUUUAAAAGCUUUUAGCUAGAAGGGAUUAUAUAUGGGAAUUAGGAUGAUGGUUUGGAAGGUUUUAAUGAUUUAAAUUUAUAGAAAAAUGUUAAUUAAGGCAAUUUAGAGUAGAAUUAGGAAGAUUUUUUCAUUUUUUUAAGUAUUUGCAAUUAGAUUAUUGUUGAAAAAAAAAAUAAUUAGUAUAUAUAUAAUGGAUGUUCCCCAGACGAUGUAUGCAUAGCGGAUUUCGCUUUAAAAUUAGGAGGUUUUUAAAUAUAAGAAAGUGAUGAAAAUGGUAUAUUAGUAAUAUAAAAUAUAAAAACAGAAAAAAAGUAUUUUUAUCGAAUACUAAACAUAAUUGAAUUUUCAAGUCAAAGAAAAAAAAUGAGUAUUAUUUUCGAAGAUUUAGAAAAAAAAAAAAUAUUCUUAUUUUCAAAAGGUGCUGAUUGUGUUAUUUUUUAAAAUUUGGAUAAAAAAAAUAAAAUAAAUAAAAAUUUAAAAAACUUAACUUAAAAAUAUCUUAAUUAAUGUUCCUAAUAAGGUUAUAGGACAUUACUUUUAGCAAAAAAAACUUUGUAAAAUUACGAAUAUGACAAUUGGUAAUAAAAAUAUACUAAAGCCCUUACUUUAUUAGACAAAUCAAAUAUAUAUAUUUAAUAUAUUUACUAAUAGAGAGAAGAAUAAAUUGAAAAAAUAACUUCAGAAAUAGAAAAUAAUUUAAUUUUGUUUGCCAGUACCGCUAUUGAAGAUAAACUAUAAAAAAAUGUUCCAAAAACAAUUCGUAAUUUACGACUUGCUGGUAUUUAAAUAUGGAUGUUAACUGGAGAUAAAAAAGAAACAGCAAUAAAUGUCGGCUUAUUAUCCGCUAUAAUUGAAAAAGACUAUAAAAUUUUAGAGUUAGAUUUCCAAAACGACGAAGAUAUGUAAAUAGUUAUUAAUAAGUUAAAUUAUGUAUAUAAAUAAGCUUAAAUUGUAAAAUAUAUAUAAAAAAUAAGCCUUAUAAUUACUGGCUAAUCUCUCGAAUUUAUGACUCAUUAGAAAUAAUAGGAACAAACAGAGAAUUUAUUAAAUUAAUUUAUGGUUAUAACUUAAUUAGUAGAAUCAGUAAUCCUCUGUAGAGUUUCUCCGAAAUAAAAAAGGCAAAUAAUAGACCUUUUUCGGGCCAAAAUGCCCAAAAGUAAAACCCUAGCAAUAGGAGAUGGUGCAAACGACGUCAAUAUGAUCAUUGGAGCACAUGUUGGUGUAGGAAUAAAAGGCUUAGAAGGCUAAUAAGCUGCAAGAGCUUCCGAUUUUGCAAUAUGUGAGUUCCAAUAAUUGAAUAAAUUGCUAUUAUUUUACGGAAGGGAGUUCUAUAGAAAAAACUCAGGUAUAGUCUUAUAUAAUUUUUAUAAGAAUAUUCUCUUGGUACUGCCUUAGUUGUUUUAUGGAUUUUUUAAUGGCUUUUCGGGGCAAUUUUUAUAUGAUAUUUGGGUUUUUUAACUAUAUAAUAUUGUUUUUACUUCAGCGCCUAUAGGUAUAUUUGCUGUAUACGAUAAGUAGUUUAAAUGUAAAUUUUUAAAGGAAAAUCCGCUUUUUUAUUGGGAAGGAAUUAAUAAUAUGAUGUUUAAUUCGAGAGUUUUCUGGAAAUGGUUUUUUAUGGGAGCAUUUUAGGCAUGUAUAUUAGGAAUUUUAGCAGUUUAAAUUUUCGAAGAUUAAAAUUAUUUUAGUAAAUUAGGAUUUGGCAAUUAUUUAGAUUUGACAGGGAAUUUCAUAUUAUCAAAUGUAGUCUUUAUAUCAAAUUUUAGUAUCUUUUUUUUUUGCAAAGGAGCUAAUAUAUUUAUAUUUGGAAGUAGUUUUAUAAGUGUAUGUUUAUUUUAUAUUUGUUUGUAAACUUUUUAGUAUAAAAGCACAUUUUUAUUGUUUGAUAGAAUGAUUUUAGGAUAAAAAGAAAUAUUUAUAUUAGGUUAAAUUUUUCUAUUUGGAGUUUGCUUGCUAGUUUAAUAUACAGUAUUAGUUUUAGAUGGUAUUUAUAUAUAUUUAUAUUAUAUUUUAUUUAUUUAUAAAUAUAUAUUAAUAAAUAUAUAUAUAUAUAUAUAUUAUAUAAUUUUAUAUAUAUUUAUAUAUAUAAAUAUUUUUGUAUUUUUCUUUAUUAUUUUAUUUUUUUAUAUAUUUAAUUUAAUUAUAUAUUUUUUUUAGACAUAUAUUAUUCUAAAAUUGUUAACAAUGAAAAGAUUAGAAGAAUAAAAAUAGAAUAAUCAAUGA